UUCCCAGCGCUCGUAUGAGUAGGGUGAGAUGGUGUGCGUGUAGCAUGGUGUCGACGCGCUCUGGCUAGUUUGCUGAGGUAAACACGAAACCAAGCCGCGGUGGUUCGUUCCGUUCAUUCGAUCUAGCACGUCCGAGUCGAUAGCAUCUAACCGGGUCGCUAUUCGCUCCUGUACAUAAUAAAAAAGUAUCUCACAGCAAGGAGUGUAAAAGAGAUAGAGCAACGCUGCUGAGUAUCGCGCAAGAACGAGAUAGUGAGUGUUGACAAAGGGAUAGUAAACGCUCUGAGAAAGGAAACGGCACCGACCCGCGUACCGUGUACCUACCCCGUAGUGCUAACAACAUUCAGCGGCGAUAGAAAGGGAUUCCCUCUUCCUUUGCGGACCUUGUUUAUCUUUGUUAUUGCUGUUGUUUUUCGCUGCGGAUCGAUUCAGUGCGUCUGAAACACAGUCGUAGAGCAGUCAGUAACCGAGAGUGUAUGCUUGUGUGUGAGAGUGUGUAUAUAUAAGAAAGGGGUCGUUUUUUCUUGCGUUGUGCGUUCGUGCAUCCCCUGCUCCAUCGUGAAUGACGUCGGAGGUCAAGCUCUGUUUGUGUGCUCUGUUUUGAGAAGUUAGAGCCCACACAUUUCGGGUAACGGCCCUACAGUGAACACAGUGUAUAUCUUGCCAGAGCGCGACCGUGUUGGUUGUGUUAGUGUGGAUUAGAUUCAGAGUACGCCCGUUCAAAACGAGCACAAGAAAAAGCAUUGCCGAAAGUGCUGCAGUGCGAUAGUGCUAUUCAUACUUGCUCUGCUCUGCUUUAGCGGUGGUUCAUUAUUAAUCGUAACUUCGUGUAAAACACUGGACGUGAUUCACCUGCAAAAAAGAGCAAAGUGUAAAGCGAAACCGUGUAACACAAAAACACAUCACACAGCAGCUCUUCAUACUGUUUUGGUGUAUGCUUUCCACGUACGCCAGUAGUGCAUACAAGAAAUAGUGAAACUACGGGCAGUCUACGUUGCCAGUGCACUACCACUACAACACAGGCAGCUCUCGCCAGGUGCGCAGAAAGAAGGUAGCAACUGCAGAUUGUGUUCGAGCUUCCAGUCCGGGGCGUGUGUACGUUUGCGCUUGCUUCAGGAGGAAACGAGAAAGGAGGCGACGCGCAGUGUGCCGAGCAAAAGAAAACAAAACAUCAUUUUCAACCGCAGUUGCCAAGACGUUGCUGUGCUGUAUCGAGGAAACGGAACCAAGUUCACGCCUCCGACAGAAACAUACGUCCCGCGGAGCUGUGGAGAAAUUUUUCCCUCGCCUACUCUGUAACAAAAGCAAGGAAAACAUCCAUAGGAAAUUGAAAAGCUCGUUCGUGUGCUUUCUCCUUGUCUUUUUUUGUUGCAGCACCCAUUUGAUACGCACUGUUGCGUGUAGUAUAUCAAACAAACAACAAAAAACUCCGGGGAGAACCGUUGCACUGCUUCAACGAAGAAAAAAAAAUACAGCCGCACACGGAGUUAGCAUAGCUAGUAGCCGCCGUAAGCAAUCAAUGAAAACGCAUAGCGUACUGUUAUCAUAAGCUCGAUUCAAGCCAGGCAGUGCCAGUGCUGUGAGUGAAAAAGCACGAAGUGGAACGAAUCGUCGAGUGCAUUUAACGUAUCCUAGAACCGGAAAACUCUUCGUUAAGAGUUACAGUAAAAAAAGCACCACAUUUACACAAACAUCCAGAACGAGCUUGCCUGGAGUGCGGUCUACAAUUGAAAACAAACUAGUCGAAAUAAAAAGCUGGUUGGUUUAGUUUCUGUGUGUGUGUGCGUGUUGGCACGUGUCAGUGUGUUUGUGGAUUGGUUAAUCCGCUUUGAGGAUUGCAUCAGCUAAAACAACGGACGGAAGUUGCAGAAAUUAGAGUGUGCCGAGUGUGUUGCUGAUGGUUACGUUAUAUUGCGUUUAACGUUUGCGGCAGAACCAACAGUGUGCGUACGUGUGUGCGUGUGUGUGAGUGCGCAAGCGUGUGUGUAGUUGCAAAUAUUUCAUCGGUCGUGAAUCUAUUAUUAUUGUUGCUGCAACCAUCGCUCAACCGACAGAAAAGGGCGACAGCGAUUUCGGUCGCGUCCAGAGCAACUGCACCACCAUCACCAGUGUUUGUGCGUUAACACUGUCGCGAAGUAGUGAUCCUGAUAGCGGCAGCAGCAGCAGCGAGGGCAUCGUCACAAUGCCGAGCAAGCAGACGAAUGACGUGCUGGCGGUGGAAGAGCUGGUACACGAAAUCCGCGAAAACCUGCGCCUGAAAGCGAAACCUGCACACCAGGCGACGCGAAGCUCCCGGCCCUCGCCCUACCACAUACCCUGCCGGUCCUGGUCGGAGCCCGUGUGCGGCAGCGGCACGGAGAAGGCGAAGGCGGCGAACAAGGCGAAGACGAAAGGCGAAGAGACGAUAGACGAUCCGUACGAGUUUCUGCAAACCCUGCUGAAAAACAACAAUCUCGUGAAAGAAGCCGUCCGCCGGUUGCAGCAUGGCCUCUCGCCAAAGCAACGAUACUUCUACGAGAGCGAUGAGGAAUCGUCCCGAUCGCCAAUCGUGGUCAUGUGUCAGCUAGAAUCCUAAGUAGCAGUUAUAUGUAUAUGCAAAACAAGCACCUACACUGAAAGGGCGUCGUCCAUUGCGGAACGUUGUGGAACGGAGGAUGGAUAUAAAAUAAUUAAAAUCAUAAUACUAGACAUAGACGCAAUAGCAAUUAAAUUGUUACACGUAACUUUGCAUUAAUCCACUCUUCAUUUGACACUUCUAGGGCAGCCAUCAUUCUGGCUCGUCUAGCCAGGGGUGAACAAUUGAUUUUUUUCUUUUUUUCUUUUGCGAGUAGCAUAGAUCCAUCCUUGUGCAAAUGUCUUGAUCAGUAAUUGUUUACUUCGGAACAAUCCACUGCUAUUUGUUUGCGUUUCACAUGUUUGCUCUACUUUGAUUAUGUUUCCUCAUUACCCCACGCCCUCCCACGCCUUACUCCUGCACAUCAUAUCUGUACUGCCAAAUAAGCCCUUAUUAUGUUACUCUCAAAGCAGAUGUAAUUAAUGGUAUCCAGCAAGAAGAUGCUCUUACUAUCAUCGCUGUCCUCCUAAAGCAUGCUGUUCUGUUGAGGGCGAAUGCCGGAUGGAUUCACCUAGAAAAACCUUAAAGGGCGAAUGUGUGCGCAUGCGCUUUGAAACAAAUUCAGGCUCAGUUUUUGAUUUCCCUCUCUUUUGCAAUGGGAACCACUCUGGUUACAGCAAAAGUCGUGCAGUGUUCCAAUUUGAUUACAAGUGGCUAAUAUGUUUACACAAUGUUCAAUUAUUUAUGAUUUGAAAUUCUUCCUAUAAUUGUCUUUUUUUUCUAAAACAAAACCUAUGGUACCAUCGACUAUUGACUGCCUGUCGUGCAGUGAAUAUUCCAUUUACCCUUGCUUAGAAGCAACCCAAAGCAUGUGUCCGUAAGUUGAAUACCAUUUCAGACGAUUUUGUUUUUUUGCACAUGUACAUUGUCCGAGUAAACGGUAGUUGUCCGUGUCCGGAAGUGCAUGUUGUAGACGCGUUAUGCAACUUUGUGUAACUUAAUCUCAUUUUUGCAUACGGCGCUUUCCGAACCACAGCGCAAAUGGCACGGUACUGCUUCUUCAAACAGUGUUGAUGCGUUGAGCUCCUUAAAAAGGUGCGACAGCGCAAGCUAUCAUAAAGAAUCGAGUAACAUUUGAAUGUGGUGCAGGCACGGAAAAUCGAUAGACCAGAGGGGCUUGAUUCGGUUGAAACGCCUGGGACAUGUCUGAGGCUUGGCAGUGAGAAGUACACAAAUAUUGGGGGACCACGAGUCGGCAUGAUGCAAUAUGCGGUUAUCGGCCACCGGGCCAAAGUGCUACAACUCGUCGUACGAUGGCGUUGGCACGUUAAAAGUGGACGUAUUUUUUUUUUGGUUGCCUUUGUUCCACAACGUGUGUGUGUGUGUGUGGCGCGAUACGUGUUAUCUCGCCCUUUUUGCUUCUCUCCUUCUCACUGUGAGUAUAUCGCAGGGCUUUUCACGUAUAGAAUAGGAGUGAGUAACUCCUGUUAAUGAUAACAAAAAAAAAAUCGGCAAUAAAAACUUUGCCGAUGUCGGGACGACGAGACUACGUCGACAUAAAAAAAAAGCUAGAUGUACCAAGGGGCCAGAGACCGCACCGUAUGGACGAGAAGGAGAGCGCAACCUAGUACUAGGAGCUGCUCGCUGUUCCAAAAUGGCCGACGUUUAUGUUUAUAAAUAGUCGACAGUUGGUGUGCGCCACCUAGUAUGCCCUGGAUUUCUCUGGGAAGGGAAAGAGAGUAACAUUAUUAUGUACGAGUGCGAGAGUGAGUAUAGGCGUAUGUGUGCGUGUGUGUGUGUGUGUGCAUACAAUGAAAAUAAAGUUGAACUCGUGGAGAGGUAAUUGUUUGGGUGCCGUCCCCGCAUGCACCUUGGCGCAAAGGGAAUGGUGUCGCUUGCUUUCCUGUGUUAGCAAGUUGUUCGCUUUUCCGUUCUGCGAAAAAUAUAAUGUUUGGAGUCCCUGAAAUGUAUAAUCGAUUCCAAUUGUUGUUUCACGUACUGCCGCCGUUUAAAUCUAGCUGUUUUCAGAAUGGUUGUGUUGGGGCGGACUUGACUUUCCGAUAAUCCGCCAUCUUUUUAUGCAUCAAUGGAUGAAUCAUGAAUGGAAAUGAUUGCAUUGAAUCUCGAUUAUUUGUAUUAAAAUUUUAAAAAUAGCUCCGGUGAUAAUUGCCAAGAUUUACGCCGUUAUAGUACGCAGGAUUGGUAGAAAUGCAAUUCAAUAAAACACACAUUUGAUGUUCGGUCGGGCAGGAACAUACACAACAUAUACACUGUGCUGUUGCGUCUAAAAUCAUACAAUCAUAAGUAAAGCGUAGCAUCUAAUAAACAGGGCGCAUCCAAUUAGACAUGCAUUUUUGUCCUCAAGUAAGCCGAUUUUUUUUUAUCGGAUAUCAGUUCCUUGGAUAAGUUUAUAUAAACAAAUAUUAUUAAUAAUAAUCGCUAAACAUACCUUAAUAAACCUUACCCAUAGAUCGCUAUUAAGUUGCUAGCCUUGUAUCCUAUCCCGCAAACCCGUGAACACAGUGAAGCACAACCAGACUCUACACUACUAUCUAUUAUAAUUAGUGAGUAAGAUAUUUUUCUUCCCUGCUACACACUGCUUUGUGUUGUGGCUUACUGGAAAAAUGCUGGAUCAAGGGCCAACAACAGCGAUGGUUUUGAUUUUGGAGGCAAAAGAUUUGAACAGGCACCGUUAUAAACCAACGAUAAUGCCGAAUAAAUGUCAACAUAUGUGUGUGGGUGUGUGGGUGUGUGUGUGUUGACAAAUAAGACACAAAAAAGUUGGUAUUAAGCAGUUUCAAGCAAAUAGUAUGGUUACAGCUGGUUACAACAACUGGUAAUCCUUUACAUUCUGGUCGCUACCUAUGAUAAUAGGCAUUACAAUGUAUUGGUGUAUGUUAAUCUUGAGUUAAGUGGCUGUGCUUUUCCUUAAUCAACGUUUUUAAAAUAUAGCAAACAAUUUGAAUAAACAACAAACCAUAAGACUGAUACACUUUAGGACACAACAUCUUUAACCAAAAAUUUACUAAUGUUUCUAUAUUCAAAAUCGUACCAAGGAAUAUUGUUCCAAUGUGCAGCAUUUUGGCAACCAGCAAACUCUAACGUUUCCCCCUAAUUGCAUCAAUUCUCUACCAAGAUUGUAAGAUUUUUCGUCUGUUUUAGUUUCGGUUUUGGUGACACGUCGGCAGUCGUCGUGGGUGGUGAAUGGGGAGAUCAUAAAUCAUUGUAGAGCAACAAGCGUUUUUUUCUUUCUUCAUUUUCGAUCGUUUACAUUUAAAUUCAAGGAAUUUGUUUUGAAAACACCAAAACACACACACACACACACCCGGCGGGUUUAUUUUGUGCUAAGUACCGUGUAUUGUAUAUUUGCGCACGCGUUUAUUAGAUAGGCUGUAAUAAAUUAUUCGAAAAUGAUAUACCUGUAAGAGUAUCUGAAACAGGAAGUAACACUAUCCCCGAUCACCUUCUAUCUGCUAAAACUCGCUCACCUCUCAUAGAAUAAAUUGGAGAAAGGGGGCAUCUAAAGUGUUAUUGGUACCUUGUUUUGCAUAAGACGAAAGGUGGUGUGGAGUGCGUGAACGGAGCGGACUAUGACUAUGAUCUCUUUUAGUCCAUGUUUUAGAAUGCAAAAAUGGCAAAAACCUGCCCGUUUUUCUUCUGGUUGGAAUGUUUAUUGAACAACACAAAAACAAAACCCUAAAAAAGCAUACAGACCUACACGGAAGUAAAUGUUUACCGCAAAUAAAGGAAAUAAAUGUACUCUAAUCCCCCAGGCUAGCGAAGUGUCACAGAAAGAGAGAAUAGCGGACAACAGAUCAACCAUCUAGUGGGGAGCCAAAAAGAAAAGAAAAACAACAAGUAAAAUGAAAGAUAAACUCAAAAACACUGGCCCACAGAAGAGCUAUUCUUAAAACUAAUCGUAACAUGGGUUGAUUAAGUAUGUGAAAAUCCGUUUUAGGAUUGUUUUCCAUCAAUAACUUCUUGAUAUUGCGUGUGCGUGUAUGUGUGCGAGUGUGUGUGUGUUUGUGCCCUCCGUUCCAUAACACCUCACCUGUCGUCGGCAUGUCGACUAUGUUACAAAGAAGAUAAAACCCGAACUGUUCACUAUAAGAAAGGAAUGUAUUAAUGAAAGAGCUUCGGAUGAGCAACAUUUGUAGAGCAGCAAAUUCCGCGCUAGUAGGAUAUUGUUUAAUGCUUAUUCUCUUUUGUAUUUGCAAUGCGUUGCGUCGGAACGAUGAUACACACACAUACAAUAUAAAAUAUUAGGAACAACUGUUGUUAUCCCGGAAAAGUAUACUUUAUUGUAAAUAAGCACAUAGGUUUCGAUAAUAAUGAUUUUGAAUCGGUUAACCGCGAGGUAAUUACUGCAAGGGAAAUAAUCAUAAGUUUAGGUAGAAUUGCAUAACUGGAAUUUGUACGCAGUUGUUUGUCUUUGGUAUCCAUGUAGCAUCGGUCCUUAUGUUAUGUUCUGUACACCAACUUGUCAGUUUUGCAUUUUAUUUCCGUUAGUUUGUAUAUCGUCUGAAGUGGGAAACAUACAGAUGUCAUGAACAUGAUCAAAUAGAUAAAACCAGACAAUUAACAACAUGCUUAGCAAAGACUAAAAAAAAUUCAAAACAAUGAAAAACUCAUGUUAGUAGCAUUAGGUAAUAGCAAAAUCAAUCGAACAGAAUGUGAACAUACGAGAAGUUAAAAAAAAUCACACACACAUACACACAUUAUAAAAUGUGAAAAAAAAUGAAAACAAAAAUCAUUUACGCUUAAACAUGAAAGGAUUUAAACAUAUGCUAAUUUAAAGACUAGUUUUUUUUUCUUCUCUCUCACACAUUGUAAUCCGGAGGAAGUGAGUGUAUAAUGAGUAUGUAAUUUGUGGCUGAUAAAAUGAAUGCAAAAAUAGAGAAACAAAUAACCUUAAUGGUGUCUCUCCCCGUGUUAAAUGGGUGGAGAUGCCAAGGUCUUAAAAAUGG